AUGAAUAUCCUAGCCAGACAAAAAGAUAAUGUAGAAGAGAAUUUUGAAGCUGCAUUAUGUAAGCAUGCAGAUGCAGAUGAUGUCUGGUAUGACUCUUUACUUGAUAUUUUAUAUGAACUCGAAAUGAUUUCUACUUCUAAUGCGGAAUCUAACAAUGGAGAGGACAUGAUGGUUGAUGGAAUUUUGGGUAAGACUAUAUUACCAGAAGAGGUGGAGACGGAACUGAUAGAGGCAGCCAUAAUUUCUAUGGGUACUGAAGUUAGUGAGCUUGAUUUGAUCAACAUGAAGGACCUCUGCGACCAGGGAGAACCAUUGCCAAAUCUUACUGCUCUUGUUGGAGAACUAGUCGGUGUCCGCCUUACUGCACACGGGGACAGUUUAUUGAAUCUUGCAAAGCAACCUGGGAGUACGGUUCAAAUUUUUGGUGCAGAAAAGGCUCUCUUCCGAGCUUUAAAGACAAAGCAGCACCAAAACAUAAAGGAAAAUUUUCACGCUCUUGCUGCCAAAACUGCAUUAGCAAUUCUAUAUGAUGCUCUUGGAAAUGGCGAAGAAAACAUUAUGGGAUUGGAGAACAGAGCUAAAGCUAAAGGCAAACCUAAGAUAGAAUUAUAUGACAAGGACCGCAAGAAGGGAGCAGGAGCAUUGAUAACCGCUGCCAAGGAAAUAUGGAAAUGUAUAACUGCUUUUCUGACAACCAGCAUCUGA